GGUAAGAUUAGAUGGAUUACUCACUUCUUGUUAUCGCUUGCCUGGAAUUGUAUUUAAAGAGUUGCGUCGUUCUCUGAAAGAUUAGAUCGUUUUUAAACUACCUGUGGGUUGUUGUGGAUUUGUGCAAGUUAUAACAAUGGCUGCUCCUGCAAAAGAAGAAAGCAUCAUGGAGCCAGUGCGAGAUUUCGCCGCGCCGCCUCGUUUCCUCGGCCCCCCUGUGAGGGCAGGAGAGCCCAUUCCGAGUCCAGCACCGCCGCACGCUUACGAGCGCAUGGUAGCGGCCCAAGCUCAGACCCAGGAGGGGCAACCAGACCCCAAUGGCCCCGCCGUUUGCGGAAUGGCCCUGCAUGAUCCGGCACACUUACCCCUUGGGGCUGGAGGUCCCGCUCCACCUGUGCUGGAAGAGGCAGUGUGCCCUCCCAGGUUGCCCUUGGGAGCUGGAGGACCAGCGCCACGCAAACAAGCACCCGUGAUUCAGGACGACGUAAAAGAGAAGGCGUGAUGUUUGUAAAUGAAGAUCGUAAAAGUGUUCUGUUUGCUUUGAAAAUCUCUCAGUCUAGUCUACAAAAUAAAUUUUUACGAAUUUGACGGUUUUUAA